CUAAUAAAGGUGUGGCUUGUAUGUGGGUGUGGUUCGUUUGCAUGGAGAAUGAUUUCUUGCAGCUUCAUUGCUGUUUUCCUUGCUUUGCAAGCUUUCAUUACAAAAGCAGACCAGAUUGAGAGGUCACUAGAUGGAGAGAACUGGCAGCUAUCAGAUUCUGCUGGAAAGGUCAAAGGUCUUCCAGCCACAGUCCCUGGAAUAGUCCAUCUUGACCUACUAGCACAGAAAGUCAUUGAUGAUCCUUAUUUUGGUGAAAAUGAUGCAAAUUAUCAAUGGAUAGCCUACAGUGACUGGAUAUAUGAGACAACAUUUGAUUUGACUGAUGAUGAUGUGAAAAAUCGCAAGUUAUUUAUAAAAUGCAAUGGACUUGACUCAGUAGCUACAGUAUCGGUCAAUGGUGUAGCAAUUGGUGGCAGCAAUAGUUUCUUCAGGAGAUGGCUCUUUGAUAUGACAGAUGCAGCUAAAGUUGGUACUAAUUCUCUUCAAGUAUACAUUCAGGCUUCAGCAAACUAUUCUGUUGAAAAGCAGCAGGAGUAUCCUUAUGAUGUGUACUUUGGUGGUGUAUAUAUUCCUCAUGCAGCUAGAAACUUCAUUAGGAAACCUCAAUCAGAUUUUGGGUGGGAUUGGGGCCCUGCAUUUGUUCCUGCUGGCAUAUGGCAGAACAUCAGUUAUGUGACUGCUAGUGAUGUGUAUGUAACUGAAAUUGUCCCAAAACCUCAUUAUAAUGAAACAGAUGAGACUUACUAUAUGGAGGCACUGGUUUGCUACAUUCAACUGGUUGAAGGGCAAUAUUCUAUGCAGACAAGUAUUCAAGUGGACAAUACACCAUUUUCCAAGGAAUUUCAAGCAGAUCCUUUUAAUUUUCCUAAUUCUCCUGGUGUAAAGCAAUGUGCUAGGUUCUUCUCUUAUACUGUUAAAUCAUCAGAUAUGGAUGAUUAUCUGUGGAAACCACGCAGCUCAGCCAAUCCUAAACCACAGCUAUACCAAGCAACAGUAUCAGUCACUAUAAUGAAGGAUGGCAAGGAACUAUUCAGUGUUAAUCAAAUGAGAAAGGUUGGCUUUAGAAAUAUUAAAGUCAUCUCUGAUGAACGACCUCCUAAUAAUGAAAAAGGAUAUUUAUUUUACUUCCAGCAAACAGAUUCAAAGGGAAAGUAUCCUAUUUUUAUCAAAGGAGGAAACUUCAUUCCGAUGGAUGCAUUUGUCACUAGAGCAACACCCGAGGUUUUUGAAAGAUUAUUAAAAUCAGCAGUUGAAGGGAACCAGAACAUGAUCAGAAUAUGGGGAGGUGGUCUCUAUCAACCUGAUUGGCUUUAUGACAUGUGUGAUGAGUAUGGAGUGAUGGUGUGGCAAGAGUUUAUGUUUGCUGUAUCACUUUAUCCUAGGGACAGAGAUUUUCUAGAGAAUGUAAGAGAAGAAGUGAUUGAUAAUGUUAGGAGGUUAGGAUAUCAUCCUAGCAUUGUACUGUGGAGUGGGAACAAUGAGAACCAGGGAUAUGCUAUUGGUGAUACAGCUAAACUGGUUGAUUACACAUUACUGUAUGACUCAACUGUUAGAGCAACACUCUGGGAAGAGGACACCACAAGGAGCUAUUGGCCAGCUAGUCCCUCAAAUGGAGCUAAAGUUGAUGACCCAGUGAUGGGCAUAUAUGUACAACGAUGGGGAGACUCACAGAACACCACUGUUGGUGACAUACACAGGUACGACUAUUUUAGUACUUGUAAUGAUGUUUCAACUUUCCCUCGGCCUCGUUUUGCGAGUGAGUUUGGUUUUCAAAGCUAUCCUUCAUUUUACUCGCUCUCAACAAUUUCAAAACCAGAUGAUUGGAGCAAUGACUCACCAUUCUUUACUAGCCAUAGACAGCAUCACCCUGAUGGUAAUAAGCAAAUGCAGAACAUGAUGGCUAAAUUUUUUCAUCUACCAAACAGUACUGAUUCAGUUCAACAAUUUAAGGAUUUCAUCUACUUAUCUCAAGUUGUUCAAGUUAUAUGCAUAGGAUCAGAGGCUGAGCAUUAUCACAGGUUACUGAGUGAAGCUGGAGCAUACACUCGUGGUACACUGUACUGGCAACUAAAUGAUAUCUGGCAGGCACAGACCUGGUCUUCUGUUGAAUAUGCUGGAAGAUGGAAGUUACUGCAUUAUGCAAUGAGGAGAAUUUAUUCUGAUGUCUCUGUCACUGCGUAUCAAUUGAAUGGCUCUAUUGCAGUUUAUGUCACUGUCGAUGAUCCACAGAUGACUGCUAAGUAUUCACUUUCAGUUGACAUCAUAUCUUGGGAUGGUAAAACAGUAUCUCAGAAGAGUAUGCCAAACUUACAGUCUGAAGGAUUUACAGGAACAAAAGUAGCUGAAUACAAGAUUAGUGAUAUAUUUCAAGGAAGCCUGACAGUCAAUGAUGCUUAUCUACAUAUUUGGAUAACUCAAGAUGGUUCCAAUACAAUCCUUUCUUCUACUCAUUUCUUUCCUGGAAACUUUACAAAAAUAAAUCUUCCAUCAGCUAAAAUAACAGUCAGUAAUGUGAUGUCAAUAUCAUCAAAUGAAGUAUCAUUUAGUCUCCAAUCUGAUGCAACUGCAGUUUAUGUGAUGUUAGAUAGUGGAGCUUUGGAAGGAUAUUUCAGUGAUAAUGGAUUCUUAAUGACUCCAAACACAGUCUACAGCAUGACUUUCACUUCCUGGUCUGACAUUUCAACUCAAGACUUUAGCAAGAACAUCGUAACAAGGUCACUGGUUGACACUUACUAGUUGCUCUCAAUUAAACUUAAAUUUGAUUUAAAAAAGCUAUAAUUAUUAUUUCCUUUAUGCUGUGCUAUUAUUGCUGAUAUGUGGUAUGUAUGUGUGAUGUUGAUUUUAAAAUUU